GAAGAAGAGGGGAAAGGGUGAGAUGAAUGAAAAAGUGCCACGGCCAAACGUAGUGUAGUUUAAGAAAGUGGCUUUUAUUAGACCAUUAUUGACUUUAUUGUUCCGUUUAAUAUUUUCUUUUACUCUUACCAAGCCAUAUCAAUAUCAAUAUUAUUACAACGGAUCGUAACUCCAAACUUGCAUACACAAACAGAAAAACACAAGGAAACAAAGGAUGGAUGCUUUGUCCGCAGCCAGGGCAAUUGUACCUAGGGACGGGGACGAACUCCCGCCACUAUCGUGGAGAUCGUGGCUGGUGCUCGCCCUAUUCAUAGUAGUUAGCGUGUUUGUCAUCCGGCCGCUUCACAUCCCAAUUCCGCUUCCCACCCACAUCCGGCCAAUCAGGUGGAAAACCGUGCGCAUCCACAUGGACAUGAAGCUGGCGCCCUGGACAGCCAUCCUUGUGCUUCUGGCGUCAACGGCCAUAAAGUUCCGACAGGAGGUCGUGCGCGGCUUCGUCGGCAGCGACGGCAUCGAACCCUACGCUAUAGUCAUCCUGAUAUUCGCCCUAGCCUACAUCUGCAUAUCACUGGACCAGAGCGGGCUGCUCAGCUACAUCGCCAUGCAUGUCACCAAGCGAUGGGGCUGCAACGGCCGCCAGCUGCUCUUGUGCUUCUACACCCUGAGCACAAUCAUGGCGGUACUCACCAGCAAUGACGUCGUAGUCCUUUGUCUCACGCCAAUUAUCUGCAUAUUCUCCGACACCACCGGUAUCGACGCCGAGCCCUUCCUCGUUGCCAUGUUUGUCGCCGCAAACACUGCCUCAAUGGCCCUGUAUAUCGGCAAUCCGACGAACAUCAUUGCUGCGCAAGCUAAUGGCAUCUCUUUCCUACUGUACUCUGCCUGGAUGGCGUUGCCGUUUUUGGGCGCAGUGAUGGCUGGCGCAGUUGUCCUGCAUUUCAUGUGCUUGCGCGUUAUUCCGCGCGAGAUUUCUGUCGAUAUGAGUAUUCAGCCGCGCGAUAUGCUAGUGAAGCCAAGGCAGGCGGUGUUUGGCGCCAGUUUGCUGGCCAUGUGCCUUAUUGUGCUCAGCGUCUCGUCGUUUUACGGAGUCGCAGUGUGGAUUGUGACGCUGCCAUUUGGGUUUGUCAUGCUGGCUAUUGACGCAGCUAUCGAUAUAUACCAGACACGACCAGUGGCAGCAUUAGACGGGUCUGAAAAAACAUCUGUGGUUUCGGAAGCGCCAGGUGUGGUGGACACCGAACACAGGAAUACGCACCUGCUUUUGCACACAGAAACCCAGCUGACAAUAAAUGUAGCACCAAGCACUCGGUCCGAACAAAUCGACACUCGAAAGAAACCGAAGCCACUGGCAAAGUGCAAAAAGGGUUUCGAAAAAAUACACAAAGUGGGCGUCCACCGGCUGCCAACUGUGACAGCGGUUGUGCAGCGGCUUCCUUACAGCAUUGUGCCGUUCUCCAUAGGGAUGUUCAUCAUGGUCGAGUGCCUAUCAGAGCUCGGAUGGACGCCCCGACUCGCCUGGCUUCUCAAGCACAUGUGCCCGUCGGUUGUCCCUGCCGUAUUUAUCGUGGGCAUUGUGAGUUCCCUGACCUGCAAUGUUCUGAAUAACUUGCCGAUGACUAUUCUGUUUACUCGGGCGCUUAAGCACCCGGUUUUCCUCCUUCACGUGGACUAUAGGACGCGCAAGGGCGCUUUGUUUGCGCUGAUUGUUGGCAGCAAUUUGGGGGCUAAUUUCACUUUGGUUGGGAGCUUGGCUGGGUUGAUGUUCCAGGGAAUUGCGGCGCAGAAGGGACGACAUAUUGGGUACUUCAAAUUCAUCCGCUGGUGUCUUCCUAUCCUGCCCGUUCAGCUGGCCGUGUGCUGCGCAAUCCUAGCUGCUGAAAUGGUCGUGAUCAAGUGAGGCAGACGCUGUGAACGUGGGUGUUAAGUAUUUUUCUUCAGUCUAAUAUAUAAAAGAAAACAAGAAACAACAAAC